GAUAGUAACCCGGAGAGGCAACGACGAGAGAAAAGCUGCAUUGGGGAAGGAGAAGGCGGGGGAGAUCGUCGCCGGAUUUGGGUUGCUUUCCCUCCCCCGCCACCCCUAAAUCAGGUGCUGGUCAGUUCGGUAACCGCCGCCCCCCCCAAGGGAAAAAAAACGAAACGUCCGGCCGUUUUUGGGGGGCGUUUGAGUGCGCCGCCGGGCCUUGGUCGCUCCCUGCCCCAGGGUAGAUCGACUGUUCGCCUUUUAAAAGAAGGUUGCUGCUCAUUGUGGGACAAUAAAUGCAAUCUCGCCCGUCCCAAUCGCCCCAACAUCAUAUGGCCCUGUUUUGAAAUAUCUCUUAUCUAGAUUUCCAUGAAGAUAGCCUUGCGAGAUGUGGAUGGCCCUUCUGUAGAUCCUUGGCACUUGAGAUUGAGUGUCUGUCAGUGACUCAUUUUCUGCACUAAAAUCAUGAAGGUUGUACCAGAAAAGAAUGCUGUGCGAAUCCUUUGGGGCCGAGAACGGGGAACACAAGCUUUGGGAGCACAGCGUCUUUUGCAGGAGUUGGUGGAAGACAAAACCCGUUGGAUGAAAUGGGAAGGGAAGAAAGUUGAGUUACCGGAUAGUCCUCGCUCCACUUUUCUGCUAGCAUUCAGUCCAGACAGGACUCUCAUGGCAUCAACUCAUGUGAACCAUAAUAUUUACAUCACAGAGGUGAAAACAGGAAGGUGUGUUCACUCGCUGGUUGGACAUCGACGCACACCGUGGUGUGUAACUUUUCAUCCCACUAUCCCAGGGCUUAUUGCUUCAGGGUGCCUCGAUGGAGAAGUUAGAAUCUGGGAUUUGCAUGGUGGAAGUGAGAGCUGGUUUACAGAUAGCAACAAUGCCAUUGCAUCCUUGGCUUUUCAUCCAACGGCUCAACUUCUGCUAAUUGCAACAGCCAAUGAGAUUCACUUCUGGGACUGGAGUCGCCGGGAGCCUUUUGCAGUUGUGAAAACAGCUAGUGAAAUGGAACGAGUCCGACUAGUACGAUUUGAUCCCCUUGGGCAUUAUUUACUUACAGCAAUUGUUAACCCUUCCAACCAGCAGAAUGAUGAAGAGGUGGAAAUACCUGUGGAUAGUACAGAAAUACCACAUUAUCGUCAACGUUCCAUUCUGCAAUCUCAACCAGUGAGACGCACACCACUCCUUCAUAAUUUCCUGCAUAUGCUGUCAUCACGCUCUUCUGGUAUCCAGGUGGGAGAGCAAAACGCCAUGCAAGACUCUGCUACUCCCUCCCCUCCUCCUCCUCCUCCCCCACCACCUCCCCCUCCUCCUCCUCCUCCUCCUCCACCACCACCUCCAGCUAGUGAAACCUCUAGAGCAUCUGCCUAUAACGGCCUCAAUGAGCCUGUCAAUUACCCCUCAGUAAAAUGUUGCCAGCAUCUGGGGUUUUUGUGCCUUUGCAGGCGAUGUUCUAGUGCAAGACUUCCAUCUUCUCUCUUCCCAUCCCAGGACAACGCCCCUUCCACAUCCUCUGGGUCCACUGGCACUUCCUUUUCUUCUGUGCAAAUGGAACCUUACCAACCCCAGGAGCAGGCAUCUUCAGCACAGCAGGAGCAGGGACUCCUUAAUCGACCAUCUGCUUUCAGCACUGUUCAGAGCAGUACUGCUGGCAACACCCUGCGCAACUUUAGCCUGGGCCCCACUCGUAGAUCCCUUACUGGGUCUUUGUCAGGCCAUCCGUCCAGGAUCCACCCAAGACAGAUGGCCUCAGGGUUGGAGGGUUCUGAGUGGACUCGAACAGUGUUGAAUAUGGGCCCUCGCUCUGAGUUGGAAGGUAUGCCUCCUCCUAGAACCAGUGCCUCUUCAGUGAGUUUGUUGUCGGUGCUGAGACAGCAGGAAGGAAGUUCCCAGUCCUCUGUAUAUACUUCAGCUACAGAAGGGAGGGGUUUCCCAGCUCCUGAAGCUGAAGCAGAAAGCACCAGUAGUACUGGCCCAAGCAAUCCAGCCAGCCUUCGCAAUGAGCUUCAGUGUGACUUGAGGCGGUUCUUCUUGGAAUAUGAUAGGCUUCAAGAACUAGAUCAGGGGAUAAGUGGUGAACCUAGUCAGUCACAUCAGGCCCAGGAAAUGCUUAAUAACAACAUUGAGCCUGAUAGGCCUGGUCCUUCUCAUCAACAGACCCCACAUAGCAGUGAAAACAAUUCCAAUUUGUCACGGGGGCAUCUGAACCGCUGUCGCGCCUGUCACAACCUGCUGACUUUUAACAAUGACACACUUCGCUGGGAAAGAAGCACACCCAGCUAUGCACCAGGGCAGUCCCAAAGCACAUUUGAGGGGGUGCCAUCCAGCAGUAGCCAGCUACCACCACCUGAGAGACUGGAAAGCCGAACUUCUCCCUCUAGCAGGCUGCCCCUGAGAAGAUCUUCUAAUCCUCAAGAGGAAAGGACUGUGAGAGGGGUCUUUAAUCAAGAGACGGGGCACUGGGAAAGAAUUUACAGCCAAUCUGCUUCAAAUAGACCUGAGAAUGUAUCACAGGACGCCUUAAACCAGGAAAUGCCUGAGGAAAUUUCAGAGGAGGAUUCACUCAGGAGGAGGCUGUUGGAAUCUUCACUCAUUUCACUCUCACGUUAUGAUGGGGCAGGAUCCCGCGAACAUCCUAUAUAUCCUGAUCCAGCUAGGUUGUCACCUGCUGCUUAUUAUGCCCAGAGAAUGAUCCAGUAUCUUUCACGCAGAGAUAGCAUUCGCCAGCGCUCCAUGCGGUAUCAGCAAAAUCGCCUCCGCUCUUCCUCAUCUUCUGCUUCCACUUCUGAGAAUGCAGGUCCAUCUGUAGAAGGAAAUGACCUGGAAUUUGAAGACUUUGAGGACAAUGGAGACAGGUCAAGACACCGAGCCCCUAGGAAUGCCCGUAUGUCUGCACCAUCCCUAGGACGCUUCGUCCCAAGACGCUUCUUGUUGCCUGAGUAUUUGCCUUACGCUGGGAUUUUCCAUGAGCGUGGACAGCCUGGGUUGGCCACUCACUCCUCUGUCAAUAGAGUUUUAGCAGGGGCUGUAAUUGGAGAUGGACAGUCUGCUGUGGCCAGCAAUAUUGCAAACACCACAUACCGGCUCCAGUGGUGGGAUUUCACUAAAUUCGACUUACCAGAAAUAAGCAAUGCAUCUGUGAAUGUGCUUGUUCAGAACUGCAAGAUAUACAAUGAUGCCAGCUGUGAUAUUUCUGCAGAUGGGCAGCUUUUAGCAGCUUUCAUUCCUAGCAGUCAGCGAGGAUUUCCUGAUGAGGGGAUACUUGCAGUCUAUUCCCUUGCCCCACACAACUUGGGUGAAAUGCUGUAUACGAAGCGAUUUGGUCCCAAUGCCAUUUCUGUGAGCUUGUCCCCAAUGGGCAGGUAUGUCAUGGUAGGAUUGGCUUCUCGUCGCAUCUUGUUGCACCCAUCUACAGAACAUAUGGUGGCUCAGGUUUUCAGGCUUCAGCAACCACAUGGAGGAGAGACUUCAAUGAGGAGAGUGUUCAAUGUCUUGUACCCAAUGCCUGCCGAUCAAAGGAGACACGUCAGCAUAAAUUCUGCUCGCUGGUUACCUGAGCCGGGUUUAGGAUUAGCUUAUGGCACUAAUAAAGGGGAUCUGGUGAUUUGCCGACCAGAGGCGUUAAACUCUGGUGUAGAAUACUACUGGGACCAGCUGAAUGAAACUGUCUUCACUGUGCAUUCCAGCAGCAGAAGCACUGAACGCCCAGGAACCAGCAGAGCCACCUGGAGGACGGACCGGGAUUUGGGCUUAAUGAAUGCCAUUGGCCUGCAGCCACGGAACCCAACCACCUCUGUGACUUCGCAGGGCACACAGACUCUGGCACCUCAGCUACAGAAUGCAGAAACACAAACCGAGAGAGAAGUUCAGGAACCAGGAAGUCUUACUUCAGGGGUUACUGAAGGUGGUUCAGAUUAUGGAGCAACUGGAGAAGAUGCCCUAAUUAGGAUCCAAAGGCUGAUGGCUGAAGGUGGCAUGACUGCUGUCGUCCAACGAGAGCAAAGCACUACCAUGGCAUCCAUGGGUGGUUUUGGCAACAACAUAAUUGUGAGUCACAGGAUCCACCGUAGCUCUCAGACUGGCACUGAAUCCACUGGGAUAGAAGGAGGCUCAGCUCAACCAUCGACUUCGCAGGAGCUGAUAACAGAGCUAGAAGGACGGACCCUUUCUGAGUCUAUGCAGGUGACAGAACGUGGCCUGAGCCCACAGACAUCGUCUAGUGAGGUUGAGGGAGAAGCUAAUGGGCAAAGCCUACCAGAGCAAGCUCAUUCCUCAAUGGACACUGAGGGACCAGUCGAGUAUAGUGAUCUAACUAAUAAUAACCAUCUUCCUGACAAUACCAAUUUCUAUAGUAAUGAGAGCACCAAUGGAGAGUCUCGGAACAGGUAGAGAUGAAUUGGUGCUAUCCUUGUACUGCUAAGCAGAGACUUGUACCUCACAGCUGACCAGGAACUGAAGGAGUAGGGGAAUUUUGGCUCUGACCAGAUGCUGAUAAUUCAGUGGGCAUUGAUAUGCAGGGGUGGGAUGUUAGAGGGAAACCACAACUUGUAUGGGAGAAUUCUUGAAGAGGUUUUAUUCUGUGUCUUAGCUUCCCACAUCUGUUUUGCUGCACAUUUUCUACAAUAGUUGUAAUAAACCUUGAUAUUCAGCUGAGCCUUAUGUAAAUUUCUCAGCUCACUGGCUACAGGAAUUCAUUAAGCUUUGUCCUAACCCUGCAGUGCUUUUAAUGCUACUCUUUUUUUUUAAUUUAAUUUUAUUUUUUAAAAAAUGCUUUCCCCUUCUUGACCUACCAACUAAUUGGAUUAGGGAGACUUGAGUCUCUUCCGUUGGAGACCUUCAAUUUUAUUGAAUUGUGUAUAUAUCUUUAAAUGCUACUGUGGAGGAAACUUGCACCUAGAUUCUACAACUAGAGUGGCUCCAUUUUCCAAUCCAGAGCUUUAUCCCAUGCCACACUGCUUAUAAGCACUAGAAAACUCUUCAGAAGUUCAGAAUUUGGAUGGCUUGAAGGAAUGUAGGCUGGAUAAGGCACAGCAGUGUUUUCCAGGACUCUGUUCCACUCUUCUUUCCAGUUCAGAACUGGAGAUAGGAGAGCAGUGCUUGGGCAUCUCAAUUUUUUUCAUGCUCAGGAAACUCUCAGGAGUGUGGGCCUUUUGUUUUCAGAAUAUCUAAUUUGUAUGCAAGCAGAACUUUUACAAGGGCUGCUGUGGGUGGGGCAACCUAUAGUUGUAAAGCAUGUGGGUAGGGUGGGAACCGUUCCCCCAAAAAGAUGGCACUUAUUACAGAUAUUGCCCAAGGCUUAGCAACUCUUGCUGUGCCAAUCGUAGCAUAUUGUAAUUCAAUCUGGCGAAAUUUGGCAGGAUCAUGGUGCCAUGACCAGGUUGCACUUCCCUGUUAGGGGUAGGCUGUGGGGUGGGAGAGAGGGGUUAGCUCCAUGUCAGGGCGUGAGUUAUGUGUCUGUGAUGUAAGGUGUUGCAUGUGAAACCUUGACCUUGUACAUGUAGUUUCUAGUGGAGAAAUCAAGGCUCUGAUACUUUUUUUUGUUUCUAGUCAACAAUGUGAUUUUCCUUUUCAUUUGUAACUCUCCAUCCCAGUGAGCUUGUAGCAGGAAGGUGGGGGAGAGUGUGUGCUAAUGAGGGAAACACCAAAGAUCAACGUCAUUAAAAUAUGACAGACCCUUC